CACGUCAGUGUCCAAAGUGUUUGCUUUUGUUUCGCGAGAAAGCGUAGGUUUUCCGCGGAUCGUUUGUGUGGUGAAAAUUCGUUCGCGUCUCCGUCAGCCUCAAACUACCCCCCACCUGUCAUCGGAAACAUAUUCGAUUCGAUGCAAACUGUGGCGUAAUACAAUCUGUUUACCUAUACAGCUGAUAUUAUUCGUCGAGCAAGUGAGUGUCUUUUGUCGCGCACAUAACACGGAAAAUAGAUUUUAUUUGCCUCUUUUCGCUUCCAUUGGCAGCCAGUUUCCGUUUGACAGUCGAUCUGGAGAAAGGUUCCGCGGCAGCACAGAAGGAGUAGUUUUGUUUCUUUUCUUGUCACGACGCCCAUCACCGAAGGGAGAAAAUCUCUGGCCCGGACAAGAAGUGCAAUUUGCCAAUAUUUGAUUGAGAAAAUAGUUCAAUUUGUGAUAGUGCCAUCGUCAAGCGUGUUCCAGUGUUUCUAAAGUUUGUUGAUAACGAAGAAGUAAAUCACCUGGUGUGUAUUUUCGUCAGCUCCAGUGGAAUUAGUGCUGCGCCCUUCUACGCCUCGGAUAUUUUGUCAGCGAAUCAGUGUAUUCGGAACGGUGUUACGGAGAGAAAAACAAACCAUCAUGAGCAAGCAUAUGUAUUCGACGGCCAAUCUGACCGAUGUAGAGCUUAAAGACCAAGGCAAUCGAAUGUUUUCCGCGAGAAAAUACGACGAUGCCAUCAAUCUCUACACGAAGGCAAUUAUCAAAAAUCCAACAAAUGCCACCUACUUCACCAACCGAGCCCUCUGCCAUAUCAAGAUGAAACGAUGGGAAUCGUCCUGCACUGACUGCCGGCGUGCCCUAGACAUGGAUCCGAACCUGGUCAAGGGCCAUUUCUUCCUCGGUCUCAGCCUGAUGGAGCUGGAAUCGUACGACGAAGCCAUCAAACAUCUGAUGCGAGCACACGAUCUGGCCAGGGAACAGAAGCUGAACUUCGGAGACGAUAUUGCCUCACAGCUCCGGUUGGCACGGAAAAAACGCUGGAACAUUCAGGAGGAAAAACGCAUCUGCCAGGAAAUCGAACUGCAGUCCUACCUGAAUAGGCUCAUCAGUGAGGAUAUGGAAAACAGGCUCGCCAAGCUAAAGCUAGAUGACACACUAAACGAGGAUUCUGUGAGAGAUAAAACCAUGGAAAUUGAACUUGAAUGUGAAAAUCACACCACCGAAUUAAACAACAUUUUCGCAAAAGUAGAUGAUAGAAGGAGGAAACGAGAAGUACCUGAUUACUUGUGCGGUAAGAUAAGCUUCGAGCUGCUAGUGGACCCCGUCAUCACUCCAUCCGGUAUGACCUACGAGCGGAAGGACAUCGAAGAGCACCUGCAACGGGUAGGCCAUUUUGACCCGGUGACUCGGGUCAAACUAACCCAAGAUCAGCUCAUUUCCAAUUAUUCCAUGAAGGAGGUGGUCGAUGCCUUCCUAGGAGAUAAUGAAUGGGCUCUAGAUUACUAGAAAAAAAGUGCAGAAACCUCCUACUACACCUACAUAAACCUACCUAGCUCCUAUUGAAUAGUGAAUGCAAAUAAGAGAUACAAAAUAAAAGCGACGACGACAGAGGAUAAGGCUAACUAACAGGUAUGUUGGAACACUUUCUCGAUUCUUCACCGCGCGGGAAGUUUGUUUGAAUUGCAGUCCGGCUUUGAAGAGAAGAUUUCAAACAAUUUCUUUCGACUUUGGCUAAAAUUGUUACAAUUUUCAUCGUUAUAAUAAAUCGUCCUACCUGCCGUCUUACUAAAUAAAUCUAUCCUCACUCAAGCCAAAAUCACCAGAAUCGUAUAGAUGUGAAUUGACGAGAUUUAGUUCGGUUACCUUUUGUACGCUCAAAGCAAAAUUUUCCACCGUUUAGUGCAACAACAGCAACAACAUGAGUGAUGAUUUAUGGUUGGAUUGUUAGAAAAUUUUCAUUCAUUUACAUUGUUUAAUGUUAUACCUUGAAGAAGGCAGACGUAUGAGAAAAAUUGAUGGCAGUGAUUGGGAGAAACAGUAUCCGAUAAAAUUCUUCACUUAGUGAUUCUUUCUUUUUUAGUUUUAAGUUGUGUAAAUUCGAAAAUCUAUCGUAAGUAAUUAGCGAAUAAAAUAUGUUUAUUUCGA